UGUGUUGGCUGCGCACGAUGGGGGACAAUUAUGACGAAAUGUCAAACGAUCAGCUUCGGCUGAAAUUGCUGGAAUUUGGGCUGGCCAACAUGCCCGUGACCAGUACCACGCGAAAGGUUCUGAUCAAAAAGUUGCGAAACCACAUCGCCACUAAUGGCAAGCGGCGUGAAACAAUGAACCUUACCAGCUACUCUUCCGAUGAGGAUAGCAGCAGUCAGCAGAAUUCGGCGCUGAAAAAAGGAGCGACAUCAAACAAAAAGGACUCAGUCAACAGACGUGCUACGAUUGCUACGGUAGCGACUGCGAAGCCGUCAUUAAAACCCAUACCACCACCGAAACCGGUAAUGAAGGCCCCGUCGCAAACAUUGCCGCCCGAACCGGUGUCAGCGUCGAAGCGUCGUUCAGGACGAAGUACUCCGGUGAAGGAUAGUAAUGCUGCAGCACUGGCCCCCGCACAGGGUGCACCGAAAGUGCCGACUAUAUUAGAGGAUUCCGACGACGGUAUGAUUCCAUCGACUCGGCGAGAUCGCAAAUCGGCUAGCCCGUCGUUGUCGCGGGCAGACAUGCUGACAACAUCCUACGUACAUCACAUGGCGGUAUCUGCACAGCCAUCGGAACCGAUCGUGGAGGAGAUGGAUGUGGAUGACGUACCGGAGAUGGAUGAUGUGAUCGUGCUGGAUGAUGAUGACGAUGAUGCUAUCAUGCAGAUUACCAUGCCACCACCACAGCAACCGAAACCAAUAGCAUCGUACAGUCAAACAACAACAGCGGCCCAAACGUCGACGGAGACGUACCGUACACUAAGCGCCGGUACGAUGACCGAUCAAAAAGCGAACGAAGAGCGGAAUACUUUCGCUGAGCCGGAACCGGUACCAUACAGCAGUUCGAAACGACCGGUGCCAGCAUUUCUGCCGUCUCCCUCGACGGCCACGACAACGGUGAUUCGCGAUGAGAAAAAGUUCGAUGCACCGGAAUCACCGUACUUGAGCGAAUUUACCAAACGAUUGGCCCGUCUACGUGCCGAAGCUGUUCAACAACCCUCCGGGCUGGGAAUUGAUUCACCCUCCAGAAGGACAGUAUUUGAAGGAGCAUCUGUGCGCUCGUCAUACACAUCGCGGGACAUUUAUGACGAACCACCACCGUCGGCAUCACGCUAUCGACCUGGGCGACAAACGAUUGCUCCCAUGAGCAGCAGCAGCACCUUUGGAGGAGGACGUCGAAUCGCAGCCAUGCAACGUGAUGAGAUGACGGCCGAUGUACGCAAUUCCGUGCGCCAGAGCCUAUUGGCGCUCGAUCGAAAGUACUCGAUCCGGAAGAUUUUCUACAGCAUCAUAAUCGUUUUGGUGGUCAUUUUUCUGUUUGUUUUCUUUUUCUUGUAAAUCAAUUCGCUCUUUAAAGUU